AAAGCUCGGCAAUGGCGAAGACGACGACGAUGUCGGUGGUGAAGAACCUGGACAUCAAGCGCUACAUGGGACGGUGGUACGAGAUCGCAUCAUUCCCCUCCUUCUUCCAGCCGCGCAACGGCGAGAACACUAGGGCGACGUACACGCUGAACGAAGACGGGACGGUGCAUGUGCUUAACGAGACGUGGAGCAACGGCAAGCGGGAUUAUAUCGAGGGCACGGCGUACAAGGCCGAUCCGGCCAGCGAUGAGGCGAAACUCAAGGUCAAGUUCUAUGUGCCGCCGUUCUUGCCGAUAAUCCCUGUUACUGGGGAUUACUGGGUGUUGUUCAUUGAUGAGGAUUAUGAGUACGCGGUCAUUGGGCAGCCCUCUAGGAAAUAUCUCUGGAUACUAAGUAGAAAAACUCACAUAGAUGAAGAGUUGUACAAUCAGUUGGUAGAGAAAGCUAAGGAAGAAGGCUAUGAUGUGAGCAAGCUUCACAAGACUCCACAAGCUGAUCCUCCACCAGAGUCUGGGCUUGCCCCAAAUGACACCAAUGGCAUUUGGUGGAUCAAAUCCCUCUUUGGAAAGUAAAACAUAUUCCCCUCUUUAUUAUUAUUAUUAUUAUUAUUUUUGCUAUUAUUAUAUUGCUUGCAUAUUUGGGGAAUAGUAAAUAAACUUAAACAUUUGGAUGAUCAGUGAUUUCAUGCAUUAGUGUUUGUAGUUUGUAGUGUUUUUAUUUGGGUAAAAUGUGUAUUUUGUUGGAGGAUCUUAUGUUGAUGUUAUGGAAAACUUUUAUGUAUAUAGCAUAUGUAUGCAAAUUGAGUUUUUAUUUUGAUUGUUUUGUUUGAA